CCAAUCAGUGUCGAGAGUGGACUCUCCGUCAUUCUACUUUCCCGUACGUCGCUGGAGUCCAGACAGAAGGAAGCGGUACGCGGAAAAAGAAAAUGUCUUCUGGCUCGAACGACAGUGUUGCCCGUUUAAAUCAAUUCAAAAAUAAAGGAAAAGAUGCAAAUGAAUUAAGGAGAAGAAGAAUCGAGGUCAGUGUUGAACUUCGGAAAGCUAAGAAAGAUGACCAGAUUUUAAAGAGGAGAAACGUCAGCUGUUUCCCAGAUGAUGCCUCUUCACCUUUUUAUGAGCAGAACCACAAUGCACAGUCCUCUCAGCACUGGAGUGUGGAGGAGAUUGUGUGCGGUGUAAAUAGCCAAAGCCUGGAUCAUCAGUUGCAGGCCACACAAGCAGCAAGGAAGUUACUGUCCAGAGAAAAGCAUCCACCCAUCGACUCCAUCGUUGAAGCAGGUCUGAUCUCCAAGUUGGUGAAUUUCCUGGCGCUGUUUCAAUGUCCCCCAAUCCAGUUUGAGGCAGCUUGGGCUCUGACCAACAUCGCAUCUGGAACUUCUGACCAGACCAGAGCUGUGGUGGAGGCGGGCGCUAUUCCGGCGUUUAUUAGUCUCAUCGCCUCUCCUCAUCCUCACGUCAGCGAGCAAGCUAUCUGGGCACUGGGGAAUAUUGCAGGCGACGGCUCCACCUACAGGGACAAAGUCAUCAAACAUGGAGCCAUUGAGCCCCUGCUUGCACUACUGUCUGUUCCCAACCUGUCAAUGUACACUCCUGCCUACCUAAGGAAUGUCACCUGGACUCUGUCUAACCUCUGCCGGAAUAAAAACCCUGCUCCUCCCCUGCUAGCGGUGCAGCAGAUGCUGCCGGCGCUGCUGCUGCUCCUUCACCAUGAAGACCCAGAGGUUCUGGCAGACACAUGCUGGGCUGUGUCCUACCUGACUGACGGCCCUAAUGAGCGCAUUGAGGUGGUUGUUCAGGCUGACAUUGUGCCCCGGCUGGUGCAGCUGCUGGCCUGCGGAGACAUUACUAUUGUGACUCCAUCUCUGCGGGCUAUCGGUAAUAUCGUAACUGGCACAGAUGAACAGACUCAGAAGGUUCUGAAUGCUGGGGCACUGGCAGUGUUUCCCACAUUGUUAUGCCACCCUAAAAACAACAUCCAGAAGGAGGCAGCAUGGGCUCUUUCCAACAUUACAGCCGGGAGGGACUCGCAAAUCCAGGAGGUGAUCUCAGCAGGACUAGUUCCCAUACUGGUGGAGGUUCUGCAGCAGGGAGAUUUUAAGACCCAAAAGGAGGCUGUCUGGGCCAUCACAAACUAUACCAGCGGAGGGACUGUCCAGCAGGUGGCGUAUCUGGUCCAGUCCGGAGUGCUUGCCCCCCUCCUCGACCUGCUUUUCGUCAAGGACAGCAAGACUGUCUUGGUCAUCUUGGAUGCAGUCUUGAACAUAUUCAUGGCUGCAGAUAAGAUGGGUGAGACAGAAAAGUUGUGUCUAAUGGUGGAGGAGUGUGGAGGACUUGACAACAUCGAGGCUCUACAAACACAUGAGAAUGAAAUGGUCUACAAAGCAGCACUUAACCUGAUAGAGAAGUACUUCUCAGGGGAGGAAGAGGAGGACGAAUCUGUCGUUCCUGAAGCAACCACUGACGGCUAUGCCUUCCAGAUUGCAGAUAACCAAAGCACUUUCAAUUUCUGAAACACUCCUUCACUACCCUGGUCAUCCCUGUCUGCUCAUUUUAUUAAUAUUAUUACUUUUUAUAUGGAUUUUUAAAAAAAGAUAUUUCAUCUAUGUACAUAAACACUCAGGCUCUUUUUUGCAGUUUGACAAGUACUCGACACCUUGUAAAUAAACAAAUUAAUAUGAAA